AAGAGGAGGUCGGAGUGGGCGGGGCGAGACAGUGACGGGAAGACCCCGCCCUUCUCAUCGAGAUCUCUAGAAAGUCGGGCUCGCGCCCGAAAGCCCAGGAGCGCGCGCGCGCGAAGGGGCCCGGGCAUUUUGCUGCGUCACUAGCCGCCGCCGCCUCCGCCGCCGCCGCUGCUGCUGUUGCCGCCGCCUCUUCUUGCUGCUGCUGCCGCCGCCGCUGCCGCCGCCACCGCCACUGUCGCCUUUGCCAGGCCUUACCGGCCUUCGUACGCACACGUUCGUUCUCCCUCCUCGUGCCCUCCCUUACUCUUUCCUCCUCUCCCCGAACAGAGAAGAGCCUCUCUCGUCGCGCGGUGCAUUGUGGGCAUCCAGGCCAAGCCCGCCGUAGCCGCCGCCGCCGCCUGAGGGAAGAGAGCUAGAGAGAGAGAGGAGAGGCCGCGACCGGAGAGGGUGGCACCGGAGCCGGAGCCGCUCGCCUGAGGGGAGUCGGAGCCAUCGCCGCCGCCUGAGACGUCCAUCCCACCCGUUCGCCCGUCCCCCCUGCCCCGUUCACAAUGCAGCCUGCUUCCGCAAAGUGGUACGACCGAAGGGACUAUGUCUUUAUUGAAUUUUGUGUUGAAGACAGUAAAGAUGUUAAUGUAAAUUUUGAAAAAUCCAAACUUACUUUCAGUUGUCUUGGAGGAAGUGAUAAUUAUAAACAUUUAAAUGAAAUUGACCUUUUUCAGUAUAUUGAUCCAAAUGACUCCAAGCAUAAAAGAACAGACAGAUCUAUCUUGUGUUGUUUACGGAAAGGAGAAUCGGGACAGUCAUGGCCAAGGUUAACAAAAGAAAGGGCAAAGCUCAAUUGGCUUAGUGUGGACUUCAAUAAUUGGAAAGAUUGGGAAGAUGAUUCUGAUGAAGACAUGUCCAAUUUUGAUCGUUUUUCUGAGAUGAUGAACAACAUGGGAGGUGAUGAGGAUGUAGAUUUACCAGAAGUAGAUGGAGCAGAUGAUGAUUCACCAGACAGUGAUGAUGAAAAGAUGCCAGAUCUGGAGUAAAGAAAAAAUGUCGUCUUCAGGGUUUUGGGAAAGAAAGAUAACUUCAUUGCAAAAUUUUCAUAAUUGAGAGAAUUCCUACGUUGGUAGCUCUAAAGGCAGACACUGUGUUUGCCUCCUUUAAUCCAUUUUCAAUCUGUUUGUUUUUAAAAGGCUUCACUAAGGGUUGAUGUGUACUAUUGUAUGGGUCAGUUUUAAGUCAGCUGAGGCAAUAACCUUAUGCAUGAACAUUUUUCCAGAUUUCCAAGAAGCAAUUGAGGUAUAAGCAAUGGACACAGUCAUUGCAGUUUAAAAAAAAAAAAGUUCAUUGAUUCUCUUUACUACAUCGUAACACAGAUACUGACAUGGUGAGGAGACUUUGCUUAUUUUAAGUAGUUUAAAAUCACUUCCCCCUGAUUCAAAAGGGUAGAUAGACUAAAGAAUUUUAAGAUGUUCAGAUUUUAGUAUACAGAAUCAAACUGCUGAAGCAAGUUUAAUUGGCUGACAACUUAAACUGAUAACAUUGCUGUACCUCCGGAGUGUCUUCAGGAUUGUUCCACUAAUGUUUUAUUUUUUAAAAAAAUAUUCACUUCACAUUGUUGUAUUUAAAUGAUCACUAGUUAGUGUUCCAAAUGUAUCUUAGCUAAAACUAGUGAAGCCCUAAUUUAAAUGGUUAUGGAGCCUGUACAUUUGGUAUUGUUUGACCCUUGAGCUUUUACAUCUCUUAGUAUGGAGGAGGAAAACAGCUAUACAUUGUUGCUUGUCAAUCUGUACAUUUAGACCAAAUUUGUAUUUGCACUGUCAGUAUGGAAAACGAGUGACAAAAUGUUUAAUACACUAUGGGGUUUUUUUUUUGCUUUUUUUUUUUUUUUUUUUUUUGACUCGGCUUAUAAUAAGGCUGAAAAAAACUUCAAUUUGUGUUCAGAACAGUGGGGAUUUUUUUUUUUAUGUCUGCAUUCUUUCUAAUAAACAGUUGAAGACUUCUUGGCUGUCCUUUUAAGUGUCUGGUUUACUGUAAUUUCAUGUAUUCUUACUAUUUACUGGAAUGGAAUUUUUAUUUUUAUUUGAGGAAGAAUAUAGUAGAACUAUUUCCUCUUAAAUGAAGGAGGCUUGUUGUAAUGUUCCCAGGAAACUUUUUAAAAAGCAGAUCUGUAAUAGAACUUGUAGAUAAACUUUACAACAGUUGAAAAAGAAAGUGUUGUGAUUUGACUGAAAUAAAACUAAAUGUGUUGUCCUCCUCUAAA